UUGUGAGUUGAAUGACAGAAAUAAUCUAUUGUGACACAAACUUAUAUGAAAGUAAAAAUGAAAGGCAAAAAUAAAACCAUCUAAUAAUCUAACCUAUAAGGGUGACUUUCAUAAAGGUAAAGAAAGAUUCACAAAAGGAAAAGGGAAAAAUAAAAGUUAAGAAGUGUACGGACAAGUUAAAUCCUCGCGGGUCAACGUAACCCUUCUCCUUCUCUCAAACCAGUGAUUGGCUCUUUUCCUUCAAAGCAAAUGAUUGGAUAAAAGGGUGAGAACGGUGGCACGGCGAAAGAUGAUAAUGGAUUGGUCUCAACUCCCACCUGAACUCAUAGAAAUAAUCUCCAAAGGCUUAACAACCUACAGCGAUUAUCUCUAUUCACGCGCCGUAUGUCAUGCUUGGCGAUUUUCAAUCCCCAAGACCCCCAACCACCUCCCUCCUCAGCUCCCGUGGCUCAUGCUCCCCCAAUCUCAAUCUCAAUCUCAAUCUCAAUCCAACCAAUCACGCCGCGCGUUUUUCAGUCUCUCCACAAACAAAUUCCACUUCCUCAACCUCCCUGAAGUCUCCUAUCGCAAACGACACUGCGGCUCUUCUCACGGCUGGCUCAUGAUCCUCGACGACACACCAACAAUUCUUCUCAUUAACCCUCUCACGCGAGCCAAGCUCUCUUUGCCUCCCCUUUCGAGUUUUCCUAAUGUUAUUAGCUUUAAUUACUCUGAUAUCGGCCGAGAAUACGCGCUUCGGAACUUGCUCGGCGAACGCGUCACCGUUAGCUUGAGGCAAAUGCGUGAUUCGUUCAUUAGGAAAGUUGUUUUAUCUUCGAGUCCGUUGAAGGAUAACAAUUUCGUGGUUAUAGCAAUUCUUAAUCAAACAGAUGACUUGGCUUAUUGCAGAAAUGGAGACAAAUCCUGGAGUCUUGUAGAAAAUGCACGCUCUUUUUGUGAAGAUGUUAUCUUUGUAAACGGAAUGUUUUACGCGGUUAACAAGGCUGGUCAAAUUGUGAUUUGUGAUAUCAGCAGUGAUUCACCUAGGGUUUCGUUUAUGGAAACGCCUAGACAAGCUGGUGGUGAUAUGCAGUAUUUGGUUAAUUCUGGAGAUGAAUUGUUAUUGGUGACUAGGUAUUUGGAUCUUGAAUAUGAAUUUGAUCAUCCAGAUAUGGAGCCACAUUUGAUUUACAGAACAAUACGAUUUGAAGUUUUUAGGCUGGAUUGGAAUGGACCGCAAUGGCUGAGGAUGAGUACCUUGGGUGAUAAGGCAUUGUUCAUUGGUGAAAAUAGUUCAUUAUCGUUGUCAGCUACUGAUUUCUCUGGUUGUAUGGGGAAUUGCAUAUAUUAUACGGAUGAUUACUUGGAUGCUAAUUAUGAUGGGCAUUUUGGAGAUCAUGAUUUGGGCAUUUUUAAGUUAUGCGACGAAACCAUUGAGCCUUUGCCUUGCUAUCCUCGGAAUUUUACUUCUCCGUUACAAUGGUCCCCACCACUUUGGGUUUCUCCCAAUCCAUGCUAAUGUUCAUGUAAGUGCUGCUGGUGUUUAUGUGGGUUUGUAUAUAUGUGAUGAUCAUGCAUUUUUUAGUUUCUCUGCUUUCCUAGCUUGUUUCACACAAAUGUUGUCCUUUGUUGUAUAUUAUACCUUCAUAUUAUUCUUCAUCUAAAAUUCCAAAUGUUUAAUGAUGUCAA